AUGGUAGAUGGAAAAGUAUGCAAUGCCUUCACCGAAACAACAUCAACUCAGAAGUGUUACUUAUGCGGUGCAACAAGUGCAAAGUUUAAUUCAAUUGAUGAAAUGAUUGCUAAAAAUGUUGAAACUUCUAGUCUUAGUUUUGGGUUGUCGAGGCUUAAGAUGGAAGUUGAGCAGUUAAAAAAAGAUAGAGACCUGGAUCGAAAAGAACUCAACAAAAUAGUUAUAGAAAAGAAGAGGCGAAACUUGAUAGUGAAAGGCAUGGUUAAAGAAGAAUCGCUAAAUAACGCAUUCAAAAAACUAUGCAAUGAUAAGUUGGGGCUUUACGAUAUAUCAAUUCAAAAUACGCGAUUAAUGUUCGAAAAAAACAAUAAAAUGAACAUCGUCGUAAGUCUUGAUACCACUGAGAUGGCGCAGCAGGUGCUCAGAAGUAAAACAAAACUGGUGGGUUCAAAGAUAUAUAUUGAGAGAGAUUUGAGUGAGGUGCAGCUUCAGAAAAAACGGGCUUUGAUGCAGUUGAUGUCGUUGGACAAUGGUCAAAAGGUAUCUGUACGCAAUGAUUCCAUUAGGAUAGACGGCAAAUGGAUGUACUUCAACAGCGCAGAAAAUGAAGUAGACUACAUUGUAAAUAAAAUUAAAAAUCAUGUUUCAUAUUGGGUGCCUGCAACAAAAGAAGCCAGCAGGGGGCGUGCCAUUGGUGGAAUGCUCUAUGGUAUUAAGAAAGAAGUGUAUGAUAAAGGAAUAGCGCAAUUUAAUAAGAUGGCUAAUUUUAUGGUGGUUGAGCUAAAAUUGGAAGAUCAAAAGGCCUACAUUGUUCCAGUGUAUAUAAAUUGUAAUAAUUGGGAUGCUGAUUUCACCGACUUAAGGGACGCACUAUAUGAUAUAGACAAUAUGAAUGCGAUGGUUAUAGGCGAUUUUAAUGGAAGAAUAGGAAAUGCACAAGCUAUUGAGUUUAUUCCAGAAUUACCCCAAGGAAACGCAAAGUUACAAAGAAAUGCAAAUGCUCUAACUCUAGAUAGGAACGGAAAAAAAUUAAUACAAUUGUUUAAUGCUCUAGGGCUCACAGUAAUGAAUGGUAGAAUUAGUGACGAUUUAGAGGGCGAAAUAACAUUUGUGCGUGGUGGAGCAACGUCAACAAUUGAUUAUUGUGUUUUAAAAGGUUUUUUUCUAAAUAUUAUACAGCAACUUAGUAUACAAGAGAAAAUCUAUUCUAACCAUCUACCCGUGGAAAUUAAUCUUGACCAAUUAUUGAACAGUAAUGUAAUGUGUGAAGCUACAGCUGAUGAAAUGAUAGCAGCACUUACAACAGUAAUAAAUGAAGCUGCUAGUCCAUUUCAACAAGGGCCAACGAAGAGAAAACGGAAUAAAGAUUGGUUCGAUGAAGAGUGUGAAAUUGCAAGAACAAACAGUUUUAAUAACUUAAAGAUGGCGAGAAAAAGGGGCCUAGUCUCAGAUUGGAAUGAGUAUAAGACAGCCAAAAACGGUUACAGAAUUAUUUGCUAUAAUAAAAGAAUCCAACACACUAAUGAUCUUGCCUUAUCAUUAUCAUCAGUAAAAGACUCCAAAAGCUUUUGGAAUAAUAUUCUAGCUACGCAGAAUGAAUUAGACAAAAAAAUCGAGGUAGGUGAAUUAACAGAGGUUUUAGAGCGUUGCAAAGAAAAUAAAGCGCCUGGUGAAGAUAGAAUUCCAGCAGAAUUUUUAAAAUUUGCUUCAGCUAAAGGUAUCACAAGGAUUACAGAGAUUUUCAACUACAUAUACGAUAAUGCAGAAGUACCGGGAUGCUUUAAAAAUUCAAUAGUUUUUCCACUAUUUUAUCCGCAUGAAGUAAAAAAUUAUAGAGGAAUAUCAUUUUUAAAUUCGAUAGCAAAAGUAUUUACAGGCAUAUUACAUCAACGUCUGCAAAGUUGGGUUGACGAUAAAAAACUACUUAGUGAAUUUCAAGUAGGCUUCAGGCGAGGUUACUCAACUGUGGACAAUGUUUUUAUACUGACAAAUAUUGCAAAAUUAUACGUUGAAAAAGAGAAAAAAUUGUACGUGUUUUUUGUAGACUUUAAAGCCACAUUUGAUUCUAUUGGCAGAGAUGCUAUGUUUUAUAAAUUAAGUAAUUAUGGUGUAUUUACAAAAAUGCUAAACAUACUGAGGGCGUUAUAUUGUAACACGACUGCAGCAGUAUGGGAUGGAAACAGUCUUUCUAAGUGGUUUUCUUCGAACACAGGAGUAAAACAGGGUUGCUUGAUAAGACCUCUUCUUUUUGCGUUGUUCAUAGACGAUUUAAACAAUUAUCUUUCCGAAGGUAUCUUAAUAAUUGGUACAUGUAUUAAAUUACUAUUAUAUGCAGAUGAUUUAGUACUUAUGGCGGACUCACCUUUAAAGAUGCAAACUAUGAUCAAUGAAUUAUAUUCCUACUGUAUGAUAUGGAAACUUAAAGUAAAUAUUUCUAAAUCUAAAAUUAUGAUAUUCAAAAGGAAUUGCAGAAGGCUUAUGAAAAAUGAAAUUUGGAACUUAAAUGGUGAAGCGUUAGAAGUAGUGAAGGAAUACAAAUAUUUAGGAGUUUGGAUCAGUUAUAAUGGUAAAUUUAAUGAACAUCUCAGUAAAAAGUUAAGUGAAGCCAGAAAAGCAAUAAACUCGUCAUGGAAAGUAAUUUUAGGAAAAAAUGAGGUUGCGCUCUCGGUAAAGUUUCAAGUAUUUAAAGCGGCGGUAAGAUCAAUCCUCUUUUAUGCAGUACAGGUAUGGGGAAUAGACGAAUUGAAUGAAGUAGAAAUGUUUCAAAGCUUACAUCGAGCAUUUUAUUCCACCCAGAACUCCACUGAAGUUAUUACUGUGAACUAG